CGGAAGUGGAAGUUGCCCAGUUCCAAUAUGUCUGCUGGCGUCUUCCCACUCUGAACAAAACAAGACUCGUGGAGAAUGGCAGACGGGGGAGUUGACGAGCUUUCGCAGCUUGAAUAUUUGUCGUUGGUGUCCAAGGUCUGCACGGAGCUUGACAACCAUUUGGGGAUAAGUGAUAAAGAUUUAGCUGAAUUUGUCAUCGACCUUGCUGAAAAACAGCCGGUGUUCGAUGGCUUUAAAGCUCUUUUGCUCCAAAAUGGAGCCGAAUUCACAGAUUCUCUCAUCGGUAAUUUGCUCAGGCUCAUCCAGACAAUGCGUCCUCCAUCGAAAGCAUCUAUGAGUAAAGCAACUGAAGCUUUGGCCAAGCCGAAGACAGAAAAGGACAAGCUGAAAGAGCUGUUUCCUGCGUUGUGUAGAGCAAAUGAGCCAGUGGUAAAGAAGAUACUUGACGAAGAUGAUGUGAAAGUAGCUGCUGAUGUCAUGAAAGAGCUGGAGAUGUUUAUGCCCAGUGUGAGUGGAACAGACACCAAAAGCAGCAAGAGCAGGUCAGAUAAGAGCAGACGCCAAAGCCGAAGUCGCAGCAGAAGCAGAGACCGGGACAGACACAGAGACAGAGACCGGGAUCACGACAGAGACCGGGAUCACGACAGAGACCGGGAUCACGACAGAGACCGGGAUCACGACAGAGACCGGGAUCGGGACAGGAAGAGACGGCAUCGCUCAAGGUCCAGGUCGCACUCCAGAGACCACGAUCGCCACCGAGAUAGAGAUGGAGAUCGUGGAAAAAGAAGAGACAAAUCUGUCCGCAGGUCUGAGCGCUCACCUAGUCCCAAGAAAGACCAAGACAAAGACAAAGACAAAGACUCUGAGCGCUGGCAAGACAAACACGUGGACCGCCCACCACCUGAGGAGCCUUCUGUCGGUGACAUAUACAACGGCAAAAUCACCAGUAUCAUGCAGUUUGGAUGCUUUGUUCAGCUGGAGGGACUAAGGAAACGAUGGGAGGGUUUGGUCCAUAUCUCCGAGCUGCGCCGAGAGGGCCGUGUGGCCAACGUUGCUGAUGUUGUCAGCAAAGGCCAAAGAGUCAAGAUCAAGGUGCUCUCAUUCACCGGCUCCAAGACCAGCCUUAGUAUGAAGGAUGUGGACCAGGAGACAGGAGAAGACCUGAACCCCAACAGGAGGAGGAAUGUGGGCCCUGAUGGAGGGGAUGAGAUCUCAAUGAGGAACCCCGACCGGCCGAGCAACCUGAACCUGAACCUGGGCCACGUCCCCGAAAUGGAGCAGGACGACACCCUGGAGCGCAAGAGGCUCACCAAGAUCUCUGACCCGGAGAAGUGGGAGAUCAAACAGAUGAUUGCUGCCAAUGUCUUGUCUAAAGAAGAGUUCCCUGAUUUUGAUGACGAGACAGGAAUUCUUCCUAAAGUUGAUGAUGAAGAGGAUGAAGAUUUGGAAAUUGAGCUGGUUGAAGAAGAACCCCCAUUCCUGAGGGGACACACCAAGCAGAGCAUGGACAUGAGCCCUGUCAAGAUUGUCAAGAAUCCAGAUGGCUCUCUGUCUCAAGCGGCCAUGAUGCAGAGCGCUCUGGCUAAGGAGAGGCGGGAGCUGAAGCAGGCGGCGCGGGAGGCAGAGAUGGACUCCAUCCCCAUGGGGCUGAAUAAACAUUGGGUAGACCCGCUGCCAGACGUUGACGGCAGGCAGAUUGCAGCUAACAUGAGAGGUAUUGGCAUGAUGCCUAACGACAUCCCAGAGUGGAAGAAGCAUGCCUUUGGAGGCAACAAGGCCUCCUAUGGUAAGAAGACCGCGAUGUCCAUCCUGGAGCAGAGGGAGAGUCUGCCCAUCUACAAGCUGAAGGAGCAGCUCAUUCAGGCUGUUCAUGACAACCAGAUCCUGAUUGUGAUUGGAGAGACAGGGUCCGGUAAGACCACGCAGAUCACUCAGUACCUGGCGGAGGCCGGCUACACCACCAGGGGGAAGAUCGGCUGCACACAGCCCCGUCGUGUGGCCGCCAUGUCCGUGGCCAAGAGGGUCUCUGAGGAGUAUGGCUGCUGUCUAGGACAAGAGGUAGGUUACACCAUCCGUUUCGAGGACUGCACCAGCCCUGAGACGGUCAUCAAGUACAUGACGGACGGUAUGCUGCUGAGAGAGUGUCUCAUCGAUUCUGAGCUGGGCCAGUACGCCAUCAUCAUGUUGGACGAAGCUCACGAGAGGACAAUCCACACUGAUGUGCUUUUUGGUUUGCUCAAGAAGACUGUAAUGAAACGCACAGACAUGAAGCUGAUCGUAACAUCAGCCACACUGGACGCCGUGAAGUUCUCUCAGUAUUUCUAUGAAGCGCCCAUCUUCACCAUCCCAGGAAGAACUUACCCAGUGGAGGUUCUCUACACUAAAGAGCCUGAGACGGACUACCUGGAUGCCAGUCUCAUCACUGUCAUGCAGAUCCAUCUGACUGAACCUCCAGGUGACGUCCUGGUGUUUCUGACGGGACAGGAAGAGAUCGACACUGCUUGUGAGAUCCUGUACGAGAGAAUGAAGUCCCUAGGUCCUGAUGUUCCUGAACUGAUCAUUCUGCCAGUUUAUUCUGCCCUGCCCAGUGAGAUGCAGACCAGGAUCUUUGACCCCGCACCCCCCGGCAGCAGAAAGGUGGUCAUUGCCACAAACAUUGCAGAGACAUCUCUGACCAUCGAUGGAAUCUACUACGUGGUGGAUCCUGGCUUUGUGAAGCAGAAAGUGUACAACUCAAAGACCGGCAUCGACCAGCUGGUGGUGACACCCAUCUCACAGGCGCAGGCCAAGCAGAGGGCGGGUCGAGCCGGCAGGACGGGCCCCGGGAAGACCUACAGGCUCUACACUGAGAGGGCCUACAGGGACGAGAUGCUGACCACCAACGUGCCGGAGAUCCAGAGAACCAACUUGGCCAGUACUGUGCUCUCUCUGAAGGCCAUGGGCAUCAACGACCUCCUGUCCUUUGACUUCAUGGACGCUCCUCCCAUGGAGACUCUGAUCACAGCCAUGGAGCAGCUGUACACUCUGGGAGCGCUGGAUGACGAAGGCCUACUCACACGCCUGGGGAGACGGAUGGCGGAGUUUCCUCUGGAGCCCAUGCUGUGUAAGAUGUUGAUCAUGUCCGUCCAUCUGGGCUGCAGUGAAGAGAUGCUCACCAUCGUCUCCAUGCUGUCUGUGCAGAACGUCUUCUACAGACCUAAGGACAAGCAGGCCUUGGCUGACCAGAAGAAGGCGAAGUUUCACCAGCCUGAGGGAGACCACCUGACCCUGCUGGCUGUCUACAACUCCUGGAAGAACAACAAGUUCUCCAACCCCUGGUGUUAUGAGAACUUCAUCCAGGCUCGCUCCCUGCGCAGAGGCCAGGACAUCCGCAAGCAGAUGCUGGGUAUCAUGGACAGACAUAAACUGGACGUGGUAUCUUGUGGUAAAGCCACAGUCCGCGUCCAGAAAGCCAUCUGCAGUGGCUUCUUCAGGAACGCCGCCAAAAAGGAUCCUCAGGAGGGUUACCGCACCCUUAUAGACCAACAAGUUGUUUACAUCCACCCCUCCAGUGCUCUGUUCAACCGCCAGCCUGAGUGGGUUGUGUACCAUGAGUUGGUGCUGACCACCAAGGAGUACAUGCGGGAGGUGACCACCAUCGACCCCCGCUGGCUGGUGGAGUUUUCUCCAGCCUUCUUCAAAGUGUCAGAUCCCACGCGCCUCAGCAAGCAGAAGAAACAACAGCGCCUCGAGCCUCUGUACAACCGCUACGAGGAACCCAACGCUUGGAGAAUCUCCCGAGCCUUUAGGCGCCGUUAGUGUGUGACAGAAAACUAAAAUGUUUUUAUGACAAGGUCAGAUGUGUCGACCAGUCCCUGGUGGUAGAUGUUUUAUCAUCACUGCUUCAAGCUGUGUAUUCACUCCUACUUUUACAUGCGUACACAUUGUACAUCUUCUCUCAGAAGGUCCUAGAAUAACCUGCUUGGGUGGGGGUUUCAUCAUUUUAGGAAAGUUGGAGUUAUUUACUUCUCUUAGCACUAAUACUGGAACUUAAAUAACAUCCAUAUCUGUCCUGUUAGUAAGUGGUUUUAAAGUUCAUCAUUUAUGGGGAGAUUCUGCAAAACAGUGGACUAUUUAUUUUUGACAGAGUAAAUUGUUAUGGCAUAACGUCAUGCCUUAAUUCGACCUAAACAAAUAGUAAUAGAAACUUUUUGUUUCCCUAGUAAAUAUUUUCCAGGCCAAAAGGAUUGAACUGAGUAAAUGUUAGAUAGAUUUUGUACUUAACCUUGGACAAUUGUAUCCCACUUGUCUGUAUCUGAGGUGUUGCUUUGCUAUACUUGCAACUGUAACUUGAAAAUGUGUCCAUUAAAAUGCAAACAUUUUUUUCAACCCUA